UAGGAGAGCAAGGCGAAAAGCCCAACCGCUGGACGGUGGGCAGCCAGACCAGCAUGUCCCCAAAAUUGAGUGCGUGCUGGGUUGCGCUGGGCCCGCUGCUGUGCAGCUGCGCGCUGGCACUGCAGGGCGGGAUGCUCUUCCCCGUGGAGACCCCCUCGCGGGAGCUCAAGGUGCUGGACGGUCUGUGGCACUUCCGCGCGGACUUCUCCGAAAACCGGCUGUUGGGAUUCGAACAGCAGUGGUACCGGCAGCCGCUGCGGGAGUCGGGCCCAACUUUGGACAUGCCGGUCCCUUCCAGCUUCAAUGACAUCACCCAAGAGGCACGACUUCGGGACUUUAUCGGCUGGGUAUGGUACGAACGGGAAGCAGUCCUGCCGCAGCGAUGGACCCAAGACACAAACACGAGAGUGGUGCUGAGGAUCAACAGUGCCCAUUACCAUGCCGUUGUGUGGGUGAAUGGGGUACAUGUGGUGGAACAUGAGGGCGGUCACCUCCCCUUUGAAGCUGACAUCAGCAAGCUGGUCCAGACUGGACCCGAGACCACCUGCCGGAUCACGAUCGCCAUCAACAACACACUGACCCCUCAUACCCUGCCACCAGGGUCCAUCAUCCACAAGACCGAAGCCGUAUUUCCCAAGAAUUACUUUUUCCAGAACACAAGCUUUGACUUCUUCAACUAUGCGGGACUGCAUCGGUCUGUGGUCCUCUACACCACGCCCACCACCUACAUCGACGACAUCACCGUGACCACUGACGUGGAGCAAGAAGUCGGACUGGUGAAUUACUGGAUUUCUGUCCAGGGAGACAAACAUUUCCAGCUAGAAGUACGUCUUUUGGAUGAGGAUGGCAAAGUCGUGGCCCAGGAAACAGGGGAACAGGGCCAACUUCGGGUCCCUAGCGCCAACCUCUGGUGGCCUUAUCUGAUGCAUGAGCAUCCAGCCUACCUGUACUCCUUGGAGGUGAGAAUGGCAAGAACUGUGUCUGACUCUGACUUCUACACCCUCCCUGUCGGGAUUCGAACAGUGGCUGUCACCGAGAGCAAGUUUCUCAUAAAUGGGAAGCCUUUCUAUUUCCACGGCGUCAACAAGCAUGAGGAUUCGGAUAUCCGAGGGAAGGGCUUCGAUUGGCCACUGCUGAUAAAGGAUUUCAACCUAAUGAAAUGGCUUGGUGCCAACUCCUUCCGCACCAGCCACUACCCCUACUCAGAGGAGGUCCUCCAGCUCUGUGAUCGAUACGGAAUUGUGGUCAUUGAUGAGUGUCCUGGUGUGGGCAUCAAGCUGCCCCAGAGUUUUGGCAACGAGUCUCUUCGGCACCACCUAGAGGUGAUGGACGAGCUGGUUCGCAGGGACAAAAAUCACCCUGCAGUUGUGAUGUGGUCUGUGGCCAAUGAGCCUGCUUCUGCUCUGAAACCUGCUGCUUAUUAUUUCAAGACGGUGAUCUCCCACACCAAAGCCCUGGACCCCACCCGCCCUGUGACCUUUGUGACCAACGAAAAAUACAAUGCAGACCUGGGGGCCCCAUACGUGGACGUGGUCUGUGUGAACAGCUACUUCUCCUGGUAUCAUGACUCUGGGCAUCUUGAGGUGAUCCAGCCACAGCUGAAGAGCCAGUUUGAGAACUGGUAUAAGACUCACAAGAAGCCAAUUAUCCAGAGUGAAUAUGGAGCAGACACAAUUGCCGGGUUUCACCAGGAUCCACCUGUCAUGUUCAGUGAGGAGUACCAGAAAGCUCUCCUGGAGAAUUAUCAUUUGGUUUUCGAUCAGAAACGAAAAGAAUACGUGGUUGGAGAACUCAUUUGGAAUUUUGCUGACUUUAUGACCAACCAGUCACCAAUCAGAGUAAUAGGAAACAAGAAGGGGAUCUUCACUCGUCAGAGACAGCCCAAAAGUGCAGCGUUUAUUUUGCGAGAGAGAUACUGGAGGAUUGUCAGUGAAACCAUGGAUCACCAUUCAGUGCCAAUGACCCAGUGUUUGGGAACCAGACCACUAACAUUCUAAAGCUAGAACUACCUCACUGCAGAUGCAACCUCUGAUGAAAUAAAUGAAAGGCAUUUUCUCAACAGAGCAGGCAUCCCCAGACAGUUCCUGGUGCCAGAGUUUCUCUACUUUGGAUUUGUGAUCUGCUAGAAGGGAACAUUAGCGGUAAUAAAGCCUUUCUUGUA